UCUCGCGGGAUUUCAGUGCGUUGACUAAAUGCCACGUCGGUUAGAGUGUGAGCAGCAGCAUCUGCAGGUGUGUAUUUGACCGACUGCGCAAAAUAAGCGACAUCGGAGUGGUUGCCGUUAGCGGUUGAGUCGUGUGCGGUUAUCAGACGGCGAGGCGUCUCCAGCAGCAGCGGGAGGAAUGAGGACCUUCAUCAGCUCACUGUUACUGAUCACUGUUGGGAUGGCAGUGUGUCAGCAGACACUCGCUCACUCCCACCAUCAUCACGGACACUCGCACGGCGACGGCGGCGGCUGCCACGGACACUCGCACGGAGCGGCCAAGAUGCACCAUGGGGCCAGCAAAUGGAGCGCUGAAGCUAACGUGCCCCACGCUGAAGAGGAGCAUCACGGUCAUGCUCAUGAUCAUGCACACGAUCACGGUCAUGAUCACAGUCACGAUCACGAACAUGCUCAUGAUCACGGAUACGAUCAUGGACAUGCUCACGAUCACGCACACGAUCACGGUCAUGAUCACAGUCACGAUCACGGAUACGAUCAUGGACAUGCACACGAUCAUGGACACGCACACAAAGAUGAUCACGCAGCAGAGCGACUGAAAAGCGACGUGAAAGCAGGGAAGCGGAACAUGGUGGAGCUCUGGAUGCAGGCCAUUGGAGCCACUCUGCUCAUCAGCGCUGCUCCCUUCCUCAUCCUCUUCCUCAUCCCGGUGCAGUCAAACACGGACCAGCACCAGAACCUGCUCAAAGUGCUCUUGAGUUUCGCAUCUGGAGGUUUGCUUGGGGAUGCGUUCCUUCAUCUCAUCCCUCACGCGCUGGAACCUCAUUCUCAUCAUGACCAGUCACACGGCAGCGACGAGUCACAUGGUCACUCACACGGUGCAGGUCAUGGUCACAUGAUGCUGGUCGGGCUGUGGGUGCUGGGUGGCAUUGUUGCGUUUCUGGUAGUUGAGAAAUUUGUUCGUCUUUUGAAGGGGGGACACUCUCACUCUCACUCUCAUGCGGCUCCAAAGGCAAAAGACAGCGAUGAAGAGGAUGAUGACCAGAAAAGAGAGAAGAAGGGAGGGAAAGAGAAAAACGUUGACUCAGAUAAGAAACCUGCAAAGAAAACAGUCGAGACGAGUUCUGAUAUUAAAGUGUCGGGUUAUCUGAACCUGGCUGCUGAUUUCACCCACAAUUUCACAGAUGGUCUUGCGAUCGGCGCAUCUUUCCUGGUAGGUCCAGCGGUCGGCACUGUUACCACCAUCACCAUCCUCUUACAUGAAGUCCCACAUGAGAUUGGAGACUUUGCCAUUCUUGUCCAGUCAGGCUGCACCAAGAGGAAGGCCAUGUGUCUUCAGCUUCUCACCGCCAUUGGUGCGUUAGCCGGAACUGCCUGCUCCUUAUUGGCUGAAGGGGUGGGUGCCGCGGCAACCGCCUGGAUCCUACCCUUCACCGCCGGAGGCUUCGUUUACAUCGCGACCGUCACGGUUCUUCCAGAGCUGCUUGUGGGACGCUCUAGUUUCUGGCAGUCAAUGCUGGAGAUCCUCGCUCUGCUGUUCGGGGUGGGAAUGAUGGUGCUGAUCGCUGAGUACGAGUGAGUGAGGGACGGACGGAGCCAUGUUUGAAAGAAGAACCUUUAAAAUGAGGUGAAGAUGCAUGGUCACCUGAACCUCUAGAGACUCUGAGACUAAGAGUGUGUUGAGAUGAAUGUUAGUAUUGACCAUAGAAAAAUAAAACAGAAUGAAUGAGGGAGCGAGUGAAAGAAAAUGUGCUGAACAAGUGCUGAACUGCACUCAAUUACCCAAAGACCAACAUGAAUGGAUCACUUAGUUAUUUUAGGCACAGGAACCUUCCCAGGGACCAACAGCUAGAAAAUCACGUCCGGUUCUCUAUACUGCUACGGACAGGAUCGGCACGUGGAAACUCAUUGAAAUUUGACCAUUAUGUUCCUAUGAUUCAUCAUCUGUGUUUGCUGGAGCAGUCAGAUAAACACUCGCUGAAGCACUGCUUCUCUCAUCAGUAGACUGCUUUUCUAGAAAUAUCAGUUAUGUUACAUGAUUAAAUCAUUUGAUUUUGCUGUUCGCACAAUAAAGGUUAAUGUGAUUUUUUUUUUCUUAAGCAGCGUGUGCUUUCUCUUUGACGGAGAUUCUUUGAUUCCGCUGCUGAAAUAUUGUGUAGCCAUUAGUCAGGGACCGAAUAACAUUGACUGUCCACUCUUUAACUCACACACACACGCUCUCACACUCAUUUCCCAUGAGUCUCCAGAGGAAUCUGCAGCUUGACAUUGUCAUUGGUGAUGGGUUCUUCAGAUGGUGCAAACACACUGUUUAUUGAAUUACAGUAGAUUUAGUGUUUAUUUCUUUUAUUUUUGCCUGUAACUCUAUUCAUGCAGAUGUUUUGAUCCUUUCUUGAAUUUGUUCAUUGAAAUGUUCAAUCUCUAUUACCUGUAAUGUAAACUCUUUACAUUCCCAUUGUGUGUAAAUCAAGCAUAUCACUUCACGAAUAGAAGUGGAUGCAAUGCUGUUCAAUUUCAGUUCAAUAAAAGAGUUGUGGUACAUCUCUAA